UGGAAAACAGUAAACGUUCCUAUUCGAUCUCUAUGAUAUUAUUUCACAAGAAACAGUAAACUUUGUUUGCAAACAUCACACAUAUUGUUAGGUUUAUUAUUUUCAAGAAAUUAAAAAUUAUUACGUUAUGAGCAAUCGAAACGAAGCAAAGCCAGAAGAACCACCGAAAGACGACCAAAAGGCUUAUGCCUUUCCACCACCGCCACCAAGUCGGUACAUUCAGACCACCGAGGAGGACAAAUCUUCGCCUUUCGAGAAGUUUGCAAUGUUCUUUUGCUGGCUCUUUGUGGUUCUUUUCUUCCCCUUGUCGCUGUGCUGUUGUAUCAUCGUUGUUCCCGAGUACAUCCGUCUGAUCAUCCUCCGCCUGGGACGCCUCCGAAAGGGUGCCAAGGGUCCCGGAAUGGUGUUUUACCUGCCGUGCAUCGAUGAUGUCCAGGCGGUGGAUAUGCGCACCGAUGUCUUCAAGGUAUUGCCCCAGGAAGUCGUCACCAAAGACUCGGUGACCAUCACUGUGAACGCCGUAAUUUACUAUUGCAUCUAUGAUGCCAUCGACUCAAUCAUCCAAGUGGACAAUGUAAACGAGGCCACUUUGAUGAUUGCAAAAGUCACACUCCGCAACAUUGUUGGCUCCAAGACGCUCAACGUACUGCUGACCUCUAGACAGGCGCUCUCCCGUGAGAUCCUGCAGGCGGUCGCUGAGAUCACAGGCCGUUGGGGUGUGCGUAUGGAACGGGUGGACAUAAUGGACAUCUCGCUGCCGGACACCUUGAAGCGAUCCCUGGCCAGCGAGGCGGAGGCUGUGCGUGAAGCCCGCGCCAAGAUCAUCCUAGCCGAGGGUGAAGCCAAGGCCUCCAUGGCGCUGAAGGAGGCCUCUGAUGUGAUGUCCGAGAACCAGAUAACCCUGCAGCUGAGGCAUCUUCAAGUUCUUUCCUCGCUAGCGAUUAAGAAACGUGUCAAUGUCAUCUUUCCCGUUCCCUUGGAGAUUAUGGAACCCUUUUUCGACGAGAAGGAGUUGAGGAAGUGGCACCCCGGUGGGGAUGAUAAAAGGGGUGGGAGUGAUCCCGAUUUACCUAGUUUUUUUACCCCAAAAGUAUAUAUUGAGGAUCCUGAUCUACCGGAUAAUUUAAUAGAUGCCGAUGGGUCCGAACCAAGUUACGAUCCUACUCCGAAUCAAGGCAGGAAUCAAAAAGAUGAGGAACCGGAUAACUCCAAGUCGACCUCGACCUGGGAUUUGGCGACAUACUUUAGGCAAAAGCCAAGUUCUGAGGAGCCCGGGCCAUCGCCUAGAAAGCGAAGCAAAAAAGCGACUGGGACUCAGACCAAAGGAUCCGAUGAUAGCGAACCGUAUUCACUCCUGCCCAGCGCUUCAGUUCGUCCAAGUUCGCCACGUUCUGCUCCUGAAGUACCACCGACUGCUCCUGCUCCUACUGUUCCUCCGAGAACUCAUCCAACUCCUCCUACUCCACCACCGAUCCCGCCUGCUCCCACACGUCCUCCGAUUCCUCCUCAUCCUACUCUUCCUCCGAUUCCUCCUCAUCCUACUCUUCCUCCGAUUCCUCCUCAUCCUAAUCUUCCUCCGAUUCCUCCUCCUCCGACGCCAGCCCCCAUUCCUAAUCCUCCUCCUCCUCCUCGUACUCCGGAAUCGCAGAAUAAAAGUAAUUACAAGCCCGAUGAUAAUUACUACUUUUGAAUCUCAUUUAUA